AUGGACACUGAUAGGCAACACUGAUGUACACUGAUAGGCAGAACUUAUGGGCACUGAUGAGAGCCAAUGUGAAUGGACUGCAGCCAGGGGCUCAAAUCAUGGGGCCCCCGGGCAAUAGGGGAUCAUGGGGCCCGUGUCCUUGCCCAAACUCAAAAAAGCCUAUGAAAAAGGUACCAGGGGCAUCUCAUGGGGCCCCCUACUGACCCCGGGCCCUCGGGCAGUGCCCGAGUUUCCAAAUGGUCAGUCCGCCCCUG